AUGGCCAACAUUACAAACACUAGGAUUCAUAAAGAAGAGCUUAGUGUCCCGGAAAAUAAGGUUGUAAACUCUGCACGUUCCUGGUUGGAAACACAUCCAGAGGCGAAGUGGGAGCAAGAAAAUUCCGGCACUAUUUAUAAAUGCGAGGAUGUUAAUUUAAAAAAAAUUAUAAUACCGCCUUUAGCCGAAGAGGGCAAUAUCUAUGGUUUUGGGGUACUAAAAAUGGACCCGUCAACAGCGCCUAUAGAUUAUGCAGGGGAUUUAUUACCAUUAUUGCCAAGCGAUGGCUGUAGUAUUAUUGGUGAUGAUAAUACUUCUUAUGGACUAGAGUUUGGGAAAAAGUUAUGUAUACCACAACCAGGCCGACGUAAGCUUCGUGUUGAAAAGGGAUAUGUUUUAUAUUUAUUAUGGAUUUUACGGACUAGAGGUGAUCAACGAGUUCAACAACAAAAUGCCUAG